AUCCCGCCAGUUGGUGUCACAACAAGACAAGGGAGCGCUGAGCAGGGCGCUCCUCGAGUGGCGGGCGUGGGCGAGUGAGCGCUGCUGCUUGCAGGGAAGGGACAGCCUGGGGGCAGACUGCCCCAGCACAGAGGAGGAGCCGCUGUACCCUCGCCUGGGCUGGCCCAGGGCCGGCCUCCCUCUCCGGCUCGCGGGGCACCGGCACUAGCUCGCGGAGCGCGGUGGAGAUAUGAAGUCCCGGGAAGACGCGCUGAGCCGGGGAGCACGGGGAGACGCCUCCACUUGCUGUUUCGCGAGCCGAGCGGGCCUGGAAGCUCGCGGAGCUGGGAGGGGGUUCUGAGCAGACUGCAGGAGCUGCUGCUUUUGCUGUUCAGUGCGCUGGCUGGCUGGGCGCCUGCUGUGCAGAACCCAGGAAAGUUUAGAAGCAUAGUCGCCUCUGCUAGGAACCGUUUCACCCAGCAAGAUGAGUCGAUGGCUUGCCUGCACCUCUGCGUACCUUAACACUGACUGGAACAAGUAUGAUGACCGGCUGAUGAAGGCCGUGGAGCGGGGCGAAGCAGACAAGGUCUCGUCCGCGCUCGGCAAGAAGGGGAUCGUUCCCACCAAGCUGGAUGUGGAGGGCCGAUCCGCGUUCCAUCUCGCUGCCUCCAAGGGGUACCUGGAUUGUCUGAAUCUCCUUUUGGGCCACAGUCUUGACAUCACUGCAGCUGAUGCCACAGGUAAAAAUGCCUUACAUCUGGCUGCAAGAAAUGGGCACUCAUUGUGUGUACAGAAACUGCUGCAGCACAAUUGCCCAGUCGAGAAUGUGGACCUCCAGGGGAGGACAGCUUUGCAUGAUGCAGUGAUGGCUGGCUGUUCCUCCAGUGUCAAGCUGCUGUGUGAUAGUGGGGCUUCUGUAAAUGCUAAAGAUUUUGACGGCCGGACGCCUCUCGUUCUCGCCACCCAGAUGUGCCAUCCCUCCAUUUGCCAGCUGCUGCUGGAGCGCGGGGCAGACAUCGGCAUCCGAGACAAGCAGAACAAGACUGCCCUGAUCCUGGGCUGCGAGUACGCCUGCAAGGACGCGGUGGAGGUCCUGCUGAAGAGAGGCGCCGACGUGACCGCCGGCGAUGUGUUCGGGCAUGACAGCUAUCACUACGCCCGGCUCAGCAAGGACGCCGAGCUGGUGACUCUCGUCAAGGAGGCUCUUGACAAGGUUGUUAGAGCGAAGGAAGCCGCAAAGAUAGAACAGAUGUUUCAUCAGUCAGUGGAGCACAUGACUGUUGAGGCUGAAGUAAAUGUUCGGGACCAGAUUAUUCAAGGCUUGGAGAAGGAAAAGAAAGACCUAAAGGACACAUUAAGAAAGUUUCAGCAAGACCAGAAGACUCUGCUGGAGAAAGUCAGUGGACUGCAACAGCAGCUUGAACAGGAGAAGAAAACAGUGGAAGAUCUUUGGAAAGAAAGGGAACAACUGAAGCUGGUGGCGAAAGGAAAGGAGAAGGAGGAGAAUGUGAAGGCCGUGGAGACUGUGAAGGUCCAGCUGUGGAAAAAUGUGGGCGACUAUUCUGGUCAGUCCGUCAUUAAAGGGAAAGAUCCCAAGCUUGUGAAACAGUCUCACAGCUUUGAUUCUGCACAGAUCCUGCAGCCUUCCUCUCCGACCCGGUCUGUGUCCAGACCGCUGGAGUUGUCUCUGCCGGGGCCGGCGUUCUCCAGCGAGAGCGAGGCGCUCAGGAAGGACAUCGAAGUGCUGCGGAAGAGGCACGAUGCCGCGGCGGAGGAGAAUGCACGCCUGCAGAGCCAGCUGGCCAGCAAGAGCCUGGAGUGCCGGGAGCUGGCGGAGAGCUGCGAGGCCACCAGGCGGGACUCGGACAGACAGGUGCGCGAGAUGGAGGAGGCCCUGAGUGACGUGCAGAAGAGGAUGGUGGAUUCAGAGGCCAAGGUGAAGCAGCUGCAGGCCCACGUGGUCGCCGUCAGGGAGCACCUCAGUAGCCAGAUGGUGGAGGAGCUGAGGGGGCAGCUGCAGGAGGUGAAGGGGAAGUACGAGGGGGCUUCGGCCGAGGUGGGGCGGGUCAGGAACCACCUGAAGCAGAGCGAGAAGGCCCUGGAGGAGUACAAGCAAAGUGAAGGGAGGCUGGCGGAGGACGUGGAGAGGCUGACGAGGGAGCUGAGCAAGUUGAGGAAGGAGAGGGAGGAGGCGGCCGUCAGGCUGAUGGACGCGGAAGGUCGCAUGAAGGAGAUGGAGGCCAGGCUGGCCUCGGCCGUGCCGGCGGAGAGGUUUGACAACAUGAAGAACCUCCUGACGAAUGCGGUGGACGAGAAGGAGAAGCAGGCGUCGGAGCUAAGAGAGGACUACGAGAGAGUGCUGGAGGAGGCGACGGAGCUCCAGAGGGAGCUAGAGGUGCACAGAGCCGAGGCAGCGAGGCGUGUGCCUCGGGAGGAGCACGAGAGGCUGAAGGCAGCCCAGGAGGAGCAGACUGCCAGCCUCGAGAGGAAGCUGUCAGAGGUCACUGCAAAGAGCCAGACGCUGAUCAAAGAGAUCAAAAAGAGCCAGCAGGUGAAUGAGCAACUGAGAGAGCAGGUGCAGGAUUUAAACAGUAAGAUUCAAGCUGAGUACGUCCCACUGAAGUCGCACGAGGAAGUGAAGAGGUCCCUGGACUGCACUGUCGAGGAGCUUAGCAACAGCCUGGCAGGAGCAGAGCGGAAGAUCAAGCAGACUGAAGCACAAAUGCAGACGCUUCAAACAGAAAAAGACACUGUGUGCGAGAAAAUAACUCACUUACAGGCCCGGUAUGUCCCGCCAGAGAAGUUUGAGGAGGAAGUGAGCAUGCUGUCGUCUCUUAACAAAAAUCUGACGCAAGAGCUUGAGGAGUUUCGGAGGAAAUACCAGGAAAAAGAGCAGCAGCUGGAGAAAAUGAUGUCCGAGAAUGUGUCCAUGAAAAGGAGAGUGCAGGAGGAGUUUGUGCCAAAGGGAAUGUACGAAGAAAGCAAAAGCAAGUUAGGCAGUGAAUUGGAGAAGGCUAACGGCGAGAUUUCCAGGUUGGUAAAGGAAUGCAAAGAUGCUCAAGAGGAAUUAAAGCAAGUGAAAGAAGGAAAUGUGAUGUUGACAGAGAAGCUACAGGUCAUUCAGACACAGUUGGAAAAGGAAUACAUUAGCCUCAGAGAUCACGAAGCCAUAAAGAACUCGCUUAAAAGCACCGUAUCUGAACUUGAGUGCAAGAACAAGGAGGCUGCGUGUAUUUAUCAGUCUGCCCAGGAGGAAACGUUAAGGCUGCAUAAAGAACUUGAAGAGCAGAAGAAAGAAUUAGAUACAAUACAGGAAGCUAUUCAUUCCAAGUUUGUUCCAAUAUCUGUCAUUGAGGAAAAAGAAAAAACUUUCAAUGCAACAGUUAAGGACAUGAAAAAGCAUUUAGCAGAGCUGCAGGAAAGGUACAGUCAGGCUAAAAUGGAAGGAGAACACUCUAAACAUGAGAAUGAGAAGCUGAAAGUAGAGAUGGUCUCUGUGCAGCAGAAUGUUGAAACGUGCUAUGUAACCAGUGAGAAAUGCCAAGAGAUUGAACUUGCAUAUAAGGAAAAACUGCAGGGGCUAACCCAUCAGCUUAGAGAUUUUGAACAGCAGUACAAAGAUGUGACGCUACAAAAGAAAGAGCUGGAAGAGCAGAAUGCCCAGUGCAACCUGGAGAUUCAGAAACUGCAGCGGCAAAUGGAAACGGACUUCAUCCUUGUGGAGCGGUUUGAGGCCAUGCAGCAGUCGGUCAACAGCAGGAUUCGGCAAGCUGAGGAAGAGUGUGCGAGAGCGAAAGAGGCGCACAGGCAGGAACUGGAGAAAGUCGCCAUGCUGGAGAGGGAGCUGCGGAGUCAGAGAGCCAACGCGAUGCUUCUCACAGAGCACGUCCAAGUGAAAGAGGCCUUGGAGAGGGAGGUGACCGAACUGAAAAGAGCUCUGGAAGAGGAGGAAAAGAAGAACUCGGAACACACGGAGGAAAUUGCCUCCCUGCAGGUUAGACUCCUCAACACUGCCAAAGCGGUGGAGGACUUCAGAGCAGAGGGGUCUGAGGAGCUGCUGGGGCUGCAGUCCGAGAAGCGCAGGCUCGAGGCCGAGGUCGUCAGCCUGGGCCACCGCUUGUCCGGCCUCGCUGAGAAGUACGAGGAGCUGUCCCGUGAGGCAGCACGGGCCCAAGAAGCAGAGUCAAACGCAAGGACCGAGAACCAGCGGCUCCAGGAGAGAGGGCACUCCAUCGAGACUGAGAUUAAAGAGCUGAAGGAGAGGUAUGACAAGUCUUUGUCCACCAUUGGAGAUCUGCAGAAGAGAAUACAAACAUCCUCAGAGCAGACAGAAGCCAAAGACAAGAAGAUCACGGAGCUGCUGAAUGAUGCAGAGAGACUGAAGCAGGCCCUGAACAGCCUGGCCAUGCGGCCCUACACCGCCAACAUGCCCACCAAGAGGCAGACACAGCAGGUUGACACACUCCAGGCGCAGAUCAAAAGCCUACAGCAACAGCUGGCUGAUGCUGAAAGGCGGCACAGGGAAGUGGUUUCUAUUUAUCGGACACACCUCCUCAGCGCGGCCCAGGGCCACAUGGACGAGGACGUGCAAGCUGCCCUGCUCCAGAUCAUCCGAAUGAGGCAGGAGUUUGUGUGCUAGUCGUCAGCCGAAGACCCGCGAGUCCGGGCGCCCUGGUGCCGCUGAACCUCCAUGACGUCGGUGACCGCGGCCCUCGCAUGCCUCUUCUUCCUGGAUGAGAAAAGAACACUUUCGAUUUCGAUGGCAGUGCCAAGGGAGGACCCUUGGGGGCUCUUGACGUAGGGUUCAGCUGCUAACCCAGGCGAACAACUCGAGCCCAGCCCCCAGCGGCUUGCCCAUGCCGUCGUCACCAGUCUCCCAGGUACAGGAGCUGAGUUUGCAUCGGGCCUCUGUUGAGAAACAUCCAAUCAAAAGCAAACCUUUGUGCAGAAACCCGUGGAAUUUCACAUCCUUGCAGUUCCUUGGAAUUAUAUGUAUUCUACAGCAGAUCAAAUUAUGGGGAAAGAAAGAGUAAAUUGUCUUCUCCUAAGGUGCCCAUCGCACCUCCUGGAGGUUCUUCUUCUCCAGUGGGAGAGCUGUAAUUCCCAAUAUUGUUCACAUCUCCUUGAAGACCUUUUGUAACCCUGGGCCACACAUGUGUCAGGGUUGGCAAUGUCUUUUCCCCAGACUAAAGAGACAUUUUUUUUCCCAAAUACCAUUUUUAGGAUGUUGGUUUGCUCCCUACGAAACCAGCUGUGUGAUUAACUUCAUCUCCAUAAUGCAAUACAGCAUUUGUGCUUGUAUGCAAAAUAUUAGAAGGACAAUAAUUAAUACUGAACUAUGCAGUUUUUAGGUCGAAGUGUGUGACAGUCAUAGGACAGUGCAGAAAAUGGUAAAACAAUAACUAAGGUACAUUAUCAGAAAGAGGCUGCUAUUUGUGGAGAAAGUCAGUUCUAACCUAGGUUUAGUAGUGAUAUUUUUAAAACAUUUUUUCAGCUGUUGUUCAAAUGUCAUAAUAACUGACAUAAUAAUAACUACAAAAAUAAAGAUGACCAAUUAAUGGUCAUCUAGGCAGUCCUGUCUGAAUGUACAUAUUGGAAAAAACCUGAGGGAGUCUUUUUUACCAAACUAAUUUUAAAACAUUAAAUUGCAGUUUGUCAGGUCAGGCUUCAUAUGCAUUACAUGUUUCAGACUGGUAACGCAGUGGCAAACUCAAUUCAGUUACGAAAUGGAAUAAUUCCCAUUUAUAUAAUAUUGUAUUCCUUGAUGCUUUUCCGCAGCAUUAAAUCCAAUAUGGCCUAAAUAGUAAAAACGCUGGCUCAUGGUUGAUAUGUUUUAAAAACUAUAGCAUUUAAACUAACUGUUCAUAUAUAUUUAUUGAGAAACUAUAUAAUAUAGGUAGUAAAAGUGAUUUGAUUCAGUUUAAGUAUUUAAACUGAGUAUUUAGGUUUAUUUAAAUACUCAGUUUACUGAGUAUUUAAACUGAGUAUUUAAGUUUAGGUGAAAUCAGCCAACGCUGACUUUGGAGAUUACUUUCCUGGAAUUGCCUUCCUGAAACGUGUUUGACCUUCUCACUCCUCUGCAAAAGCAGUGGAAUGUUCGCUAAGAAAUGUAUAGAAUUGGACGGUAUGGAAAACAUUCUGCUUUCCCAUAUAAACUGAAAUAGAAAUGAUCAUUUCUGAGGCCAGGGAUCAACUCCUAAAGCAGUUUUAUGUUUUAAACUAGUCAGAAUGAAGUCAAUUCUUAAAGCAAAGCAAAAAGGUCAGAAAUGGCUAGCAUUUCCUACUGUGAAACAUUACAAAUCCACCCGAGCUCCUUAAUUUGUUUUUACAAUGCAGUCCAGGGUGCAUCUAUUAUUGGCAUGUUUAAUGCUAUUCCUCAAGGAAUUCUGCUAAUGCUUCAGCCAAAUAAACACCUCUUUGUGUGUGUUCAGCAGACGUAUUAAGAGGCAAAGGCUGUGGACUGCGGGAUGUCAUUGCACUGAACUGGGGCAAUGAGUGACAGGCUCUAUGCAAACCCAAACCGUGCGGACUUUCACCAGUUAUCCUGCAUCAGGCUGGCCGAUUGUGAUGCUGUAGGGCCCUCGCGUCUUCAGUUCUUCUUUCCAUCUUGACCCAUAAACUAAUUUGGCUCAUUAUUGGCUUAACUGGACCAAUCUAGCCGCUUCUCCCAGCUCUGAUGCUUUACAUAGGUCUGGAAAGCCCACAGAAGCGUGGGCCCUCAGGGUUCUGAGCUAGACCUGUGUGUCUUCCAUGGUUGUAUGUGUCUUCCAUGUCUUGUCUGCUGGUUUGGGUUUCAUCGUGCGCUGCCUCCAGGAGCUCUGCCCACAGUCCUCUGAAGUCUAGCCAGUUCUUCCCUUCAGGUUCUGCAGGUUACGUGCUAGGUGUAGGUUGCCAUGUUUGAGGAGUGUGUUUCAGUGAGAAAGGUGGGCCAGAUUUCAUCCCAGCAACCACCGUGCUGCCUUACAAUGUCCUGUCAUGGACACCACUGGGAGGAAACUGGCUCCUGUCUUGUGAUUUGGCAGGCCAAGUCACCCUGUAAUUUAACUAGAUAAAAGAACUGUAUCUUUUUAUUUGUGGUUAAAAAUAGGAAAUUGGAGUUCCAACAAAACCUUUUUUUGCCUUACAGAUAUAUUUUUUCAGUAAUAGCUUUGUUAUACUUUGAUUAAGCACUAUGUAUUGUGAUAUUCAGCAGGACUGGAACAGAAUAGUGUAACACUUGUUCUAUUCAACGUUUAUCUUGUCACAAGGAGAACAUUAUGUACGUCCCCUAUUUAUACCGAUAUUCCCAGCAAAACAGGUCACCCUCAUUGACCAGAUGUGAAACAACUCUAAUAACUGGUACUAGACUGAGGUUGAUGAAGAAAUCAAGAUAGCUAAACACCUAUCUGCAAUAUUAUCCUAUUGUAUUAAUUGCUAAGAAAUUGUUUUUUUUUUAAAUCUCCUUAGCUUGGUUUGAACGUGGAGCUACUUUAUUAAUUUGAGGCAUAUUUUUUCCUUUGCUCUCCAAUAAAAUUCAUUUUCAAAAUCUC